AUGUAUUAGACAAGUUAGCUAAUUAACCGUCGACCCAACAUGAGGUAGUUAACUGGUAGGGCUCGUGACAUUUAAGAUGAUGAAGACGAUGAUUUUGGCAUCUCUAGUUUUGCAAAAAGCAAAGUUGAUGAUGAUGACGAAAAAUUCAAAAAUCAAAACAGUGAUCCUGAUUUCCUAGACAGUCUAUUGAGAAAGAAGAGUAGAAAUGAUUCCAAAAUGGAUAAAUCCAACAAUAGCUCCAUCAUACCUAGCACACCUCCUCCAUAAAGUACAAGCAAAAAGAGUGAUCAAGAAAUAUCAAACACAGAUCCAAAGAAAGGACAAACAUAAACCCAAAAUAACACAGGAAACAAGGGCACACCAUAAUAAUAAUAACAAUAAAAGUAAUCAUAAUAGACUCCUGCAAAACCCAACACGACUCAGCCAUUCUAAACUCCAGAUCCUAAGUAAUAAUAACAAUAACAAAAGACUCCUGCAUAAUAACAAUCACAAACUAAAACACCCCAAGCUUAACCUCAACCAUCAUAGUAAUCAUAAACCCCAUAAUAAUAAAAAACUCCAUAAUAACAAUAAACUCCAUAAUAAUCACAAACCCCACAAUAAACAAAGACUCCACAAUAAACAACAACUCCUUAACAAACAAAAACACCCUAAUAAUAACCCUCCUAAACAUAAACCCCAGUAACAAACAAGACAUAGUAGAAUCAAAAGUAAACUCCUGCUCCUGCACCAAAGGAAAUAGUAGAUCCUGCACAAUCAAUAUAAAAUAAGCCUUCAGCUAAAAAAGAUGAUCCAAAGAAUCAACCACCUCCUCCAGAGUAGCCAAGUAAGGUUCAACCACCUCCAAAAGUUGAGUAGCCUUCUAAAACUGAUACACCCAAUAAGGGAAACUAGUAGCAAACUCAACCACAACAACAACCCUAAUAAAAUAGAAUUGAUUAAGAUGAUCAAGAAUAACAAAAAGGACCACAAGUAUCUGAAAACAGACCAACAUUCGUUAGGAGAGGAAAGAAUACUUAAGCGGUUAAGGAUCUAGCUAAGAAUGUCAAAACAAUGCCAGAUGAUAGAAUUAAAGCUUUAGAACCCAAGAAUAAUAUCGAAGUAAGCAAGAAACUAUCAUUGAAAUUUGCACCACAAAAACAAUAUACAGAUCAAACAUUUCCUCCUAAUGAUUUAUAAGUAUUUCAAGUAUUUGGUCAUGGCCAAGUUGAUUUUAAGAGAUUCAAUCUUGGAAGAGAAUAAGAUACUCAUUAAGUAGUUGAUCCUAAUGAUAUCGUCCCUGGGUAAUAAUCAAGUACUCUAAUGUAAGUAUUGGCUGCUAUUGCUGAAUAACCAAAAUUAAUAACUUAAAUUUUAGAAGAUCAAGUUAUCAACGAAUUUGGAUUUUAUUAUGCUCGUCUCUGCAUUGGGGGAGUAUGGAAAUAUAUCUUAGUUGAUGAUUUGCUUGGCUACUUUAAAGGAGAACCUGUUGGAGCAAGGACUACCAUUGAUAAUAAUAAAUUAAAAUCAUUACAAAAAUCUAAUCCUGGCUAUCAAUCAGAAAUAUGGCCAUUCCUAAUUGAGAAGGCAUUUGCCAAAGAAUAUGGAAGUUAUGAGGAUGCAUCUGUAAAUGCUACAGUCGCUGAUUUUCUGUAAGAAACAACAGGAGCACCAACUACUGUUGAAUAAAUUAGUGAAAAUGUUCUAAAAUCCUUGACUUAGAAUGAUGUUGCCCUUGUGCAUUUAACAGAUGGAAUUUUCACAUUCUUAAAUUCAGAUGGUAAAGAUGUAACUCUACGUAAUCCUUGGGGUUGGGUCAAGAAUUAACCAAGUACUGCUUAACCAGAAGGGGAAUUCAAAGUUCCCAUAAAGAGUCUCAUUGGUAAAUAAAUCACAAUCGCUAAAUGUGUUCCUAACAAUUACCAUACCAGUUAUAAUUUGAAAGCCAACAGUGAUGCUUAUACAUCUUUUAAUGUUAAUGCACGUUCAGAUACUGUAGCCACCUUCAGGUUACAUUAAAGAGAUGAAAGAUAUUUUAGAAAUAACAUAUCCAAAAAAUACGAUUAUUGUUAUGCUAGAUUGUUAGUAUUUGAUGAAUAACAAUACUUGAUUGCUUAGGAUUAUGGGCAAUAUAAAACAUUAAGUGUUAAUGUUAAUUUGUAAAAGGGUAAAUAUACUGUAGUAAUCCUUUUGGAUUUCUUAACUGAACAAUUAUAUGAUAGCACAUUGACUUUCUAUGGAACUUAAUCUGUUGAAAUUAGUAGAAUUGAUUAUAGACAACAACCUAAUCUAUUGGCUUAAUUAUAUACUAAAGAGGCAAUCAGCAAGGGCUAAAGAAAAUAGAAUGGACAAGUUGAGGAGUUUACUUAUGUGUCUGAUAAUAAGUUGACUAUCUUAGCUUGGAAGUAUAAUGGCACUUAGCCUAAUAAAUGGAGCAAGGAUUUGAGCAAAUAACAGAAUAGAAAUACUAUGAGGCCAAUUACAUUUGUUAAUGUAGCAGACAUAUAAUAAUUAAAAGUACUCACAACUGAGUAGAUUAAACAGUUGAAACUGAGUAGCUGGUAAGAUGCAUCGUCAUUCAAUAUUGAAUUCACUUAAUAAAACAACACUUAUGCAGUUGUAUUCAAGUGA